GGCCCCCGGGAGAGCCGGGCGCGCAGGGAAGCUCCGGGGGGGCAGCCGCGGCGCUGGGGGUGCGGCCGCCCGGGGCCGCCGGAGUUUCCUCAAAGGUAUGCUGUGUGCCUCUAAGAACAAAUAGAGAGCUCCUUGCUGUGGCAAAUAAGGGAACCUGUUGUGCUGAAAGGAAGAAUUAACUGGUCUUUCAACUUCAGCCUUUUUAUUGUGAAAGGGAAGAUCACAGAAUUACCAUGGGGAGAACAGCAGCUAAAGACAUGGGGAGAGGCAUUCCAGACCAAGACACCAUAGCAUCUGUAAAGUGUAGACAGGGGGAAACUUUUCUGAGUGGUGGGAAGUAUGGUGGAUGCAGACUGUCUCACUUGAAGACAGUCAGGUAAGUAAUUCUUCCUGUUAAUGGUUUGCAUCUACUUGGGUAAAAUAGUUCAAUUCUGUAGCAGUCUCCCUGACACUGAUGGUUAGAGUGAGAAGAGUUAAAGGGCCCUCUUUUUCCUGAGUUCAGUCAUACAUAGUGAUAGAUAUUCUGAAUAUUUUGGGUAAUUAUCAGCCAUGUGCAAGAAUAACUGGUCAAUCAAAAAUAAGUAGAGAUGCUUUGAGUAUAUUGUUUGCUGAGGAGACUGUUUAACCUUCUGAAACAAGUGAUGUGCUUAGACUCCUGUUCAGGAAGCAGUCUCUCUUUAUGACCAUUCUUACCUGCUCUUGCUUCCUUACACUGAGAGUGUUGAAUUGAACCAACCUCAGUGACGCCUACAUUUUUCUCAUUUCUGGGAUUAUUGUUCAUUUUGGCUUUAGACAUAACAACUAAAUGGAUUUCCCUCUUCCUCUUCUGAAAUGGAGACAGAUCUUGUGUUCAGACUGAUUUUUUUGUCAUUUGUCCUUGAUCUGGUCAACAAAGAAGAUCUGGCUUGACUUGGUGACCAACAAAUGAUAGGUGGAGUUGUUCACCAUAAGUUCAUUUUUUUCAAAACAUUGUUUCUUCUUAGGAAGCAGUGGUCAAAUUUUAAGAAGUAGGUAAGCUCAGUAUUGUAAUUGGGAGUGGGUGACUGGGGCAGCAGUGCUGAAUAUUUGUGGGAUUGCACAAAAGCAGCUGCCAUGGGAGUGGCAGUUUACUGCACUGCAUCAAUCUGCACAGUAAAUGCUAUGUGUUGGCAACUGUCUCGGGCCUGUACCUGCCCUGGUAUGCCUCUGGUUAAGCUGCUUGGGAAGUUUUAUUUAUUUCAAGAUUUCACAAAAGGACCCAGCACUUAAAGAACUGGAUUAAAAAAAACAACCCAAAGAUACCUGCAUACAUGUUCCUGUACUUAAGCUCACCUUCUCUACCUGUAGUGCAGGAGGGUCCACAUUACUCCCCAUUUCUGAUUUGAGGGGGAUGGGAUGUGCUAUCUCAGCCUGUCAUUUUCUAUACAACAGUAUCCUUUUCUAACUUAACUUGUCCAAAGUCUCUCUCCUUUUUCUAGGUCUGUGAAUGCCUAUGCCUUCUUUAUUUCAAGGUUAAUCUAAGGAAAAAUAAAAUACCCUAGCCUAGAUGGAACCAGCUAUAUAGCUUUAAAUUGGAGCAGUCUAAUUCCAAAGUAGUUGGUGGCCAUGCACCCUAUGGGCUCCACCACACUGUUUCACCAUGUUAACACAUGGGCAGACACUCCUUGGCAUGUUGUGGCACCCUGCCUUACCUUCAACUCCCUGCGGGCUCCCCCAUGGCAUUGUACUGAAUGAGUGCUUCGGGCUGCUCCAUGCCCCCAGAGUGGGAGCAUGCAGCACAAGCCAGAGGAGGGAGAGGGAGUCCUGAGACCAACUGCUGCUGCAGCUGGAUAGGGGCAAGUGAUUGCCAGGUGGUAGCCUGAGGACUGAAAGUUGACCCUUCAUGGGCCACCAGUUAAACAGCUAUUAUAUAAACCUGCUAUUCUAUAAAAACAGCUAUUCUAUAAAAGUGGCUUAGUUUUGAAGCUGAACACUUGCUGUCUUAUCUGUCACUGUGUUACCUUGCCAGCUGGUUUUGUAACCAUCUCUUCUAGAGUUGCCUUUAACUUACUAGGGCUUUUGGGCAGAAUGAUGCUGUUAAAUGAGAAAGCAGAGCUAGCAAAUGUACAGCCUUCGUAGAAGUUAAUUUAGGUCACAGAACUUAGUCACGGAUGCAUCACUUCAAGUUUACCGUCUUGAGAUCUUAGUGAAAUCUACAGCCGUCAUCUUCCUUGGAGUUGGUAUUGUAUGCAUAUGCCUUGCCAUUCUUGUUUAGACAUCUGUUACUUAACAUUGAUAAGACAAUAGAAAAAUGACUGAAAAGGGGGAAGGAAAAUUCUUCUGAAGCCAAUACAGCAGAAACCCACAAUGCUAAAACAUUUGGCAUGGCUAUAAUACUUGGUUCUCUGUCGUGAAUUCAGGCCAGUAGACCAUGAAUUUGUCGUAGCUCUAAACAACCAUUCUAAUAUUAUAAAAGCCUAAGUCUGUGUCUGUCUGUCCAUAACGCUUUAUUUGUGUUCUGAUUGGUUGACAAACAGUCAAUCAGAGUGUGAACAAGUGUUCCAACAGGUGCUGGUAGCUGGUGGAGUGCUGCCAUGAUGGUGUGGACACAGGGGAUGGAGUGGGGUCAAGGCCAACGCAGCUGGCCCUCGCCCCUCCCAGCCCUGCUCCCUGGAGGCAGAGGCAACUGAGCAGACGGAACAGGGGGGGCAAGCCCAGCAGUGCUUUUUAUAAUGCAAUUCAAAGAAUUCUAAGAAGGAUAAACAUGGGAAAAGUCAACAGUCAAACCACCCAUCUUUAAAAAAUGAACAGUUUAAUUGGGAUGAUUACUUGAAAGAGACUGGAUCAGUAGCUGCUCCUCCACAUUGUUUCAGACAGGAUCCCACCAACCAAUGAUUUUAAAGUUGGUAUGAAACUGGAAGCCCAUGAUCCUCGAAAUGUUACCUCAGUGUGUAUAGCUACAAUAAUUGGAAUUACUGGUGCCAGACUAAGGCUGCGGCUUGAUGGAAGUGACAACAAAAAUGACUUUUGGAGGCUAGUGGAUUCCUCUGACAUACAGCCAAUUGGGACCUGUGAAAAGAAAGGUGGUAUGCUUCAACCUCCACUUGGGUUCCAGAUGAAUGCAUCUUCUUGGCCAAUGUUUCUCUUAAGAACACUAAAUGGAGCUGAAAUGGCACCUGCAACAUUCUUUAAGAAGGAACCACCAAAACCUGCUCCAAACUCUUUUAAAGUUGGAACGAAACUGGAAGCAGUAGAUAGAAAGAACCCUUACUUAAUUUGCCCAGCAACCAUUGGAGAUGUUAAAGGAGAUGAAGUUUUUAUUACAUUUGAUGGCUGGAGAGGAGCAUUUGACUAUUGGUGCAAAUAUGAUUCUCGAGAUAUUUUUCCAGUUGGAUGGUGUAGCUUGACAGAAGAUGCACUACAGCCACCAGGGAACAAUGUUUCCACUACGAAGACUAGCGCAAAAACCCAGUCUUCCCCUUCCAAAGUGACCCGGCAUGCAAUGCAGUCACCACAGAAAUCUGCUUCAGCAUCAGCUCAGCGGGGCAGAAAACAAAGUCGGGCUAAACCUACCGGGCAAUCUAUAGUUCCUAUGAAGGGCAAGUCUCCUAAAAAUGGUCCUUUGACAAAAAAUGCCACUCAUACCGAAAAUCUCAAAACAAGGAAAAAAACUUUGAAACCUGGAAGAAAGAAAAAAACCUCACCGGUUCAGUCUCCUCCUGCACCUUCAUCUCCACUUACUUCUCCUGAUGGGAACAGUGGCAGUACACAGGUACUUAAAGAUGGCAUUGGCAUCGCUGGUACAACAGCAGCUGUUAUAUCCACAGUUUGCGUGUAUGUUAACAAGCAUGGAAACGCUGGACCUCACCUGGAUAAGAAGAAAGUUCAGCAACUUCCAGAUCACUUUGGACCAGGUCCUGUAAAUGUGGUACUUCAGCAGGCUGUGCAGGCCUGUGUAGACUGUGCCUGUCAAUCCAAAACAGUCUUUGGAUUCCUGAAGUCAGGGCAUCAUGGAGGGGAGAUGAUAAACGCCUCCUUUGAUGGGGAAAAACACGCCAUCAAUCUUCCUUCUGUAAACAGUGCAUCGUUUGUCCUUCGGUUCUUGGAGAAACUCUGUCACAGCCUGCAGUGCGAUAAUCUUUUUAGUAGCCAGCCCUUCAGCCCUUACAUGGGGAGUGCACACAGUCCUACAGAAUAUGACAAGAGUAAACCAGCAAAAGAGGAAAUAUCAGAAAACAGAAUUACGAAACGUUUUUCUCAGGAUUCUCCACCAUACAGUGCCCCUCUUUCUCCUAAACUGCCCAGAACUGAAGUUCACCCAUCUGAAGCAGAAACACUACCUAAUGAAGAAAACUGCAUCCCCAAAGAACACAGAUUUUCUGAGGACCCUCUGGAUUCUGUACUCAAUUCAAUAAGUCCUUCAAGUCCAACCUGUCGAAAUUCUACUGAGUAUCGUAGCUCAGGAAGCGUAGCAUAUUACAGGACUUCCCUUCAGCCGGUGACUGCUACCUCAAAGUCAGCCCCAAUCCUACGUAGGCUGUCAUCGAGUUCUGCUGGGAACACCAGUUACUAUGAAGUCAACAGGAAUCGAAUACAGAGGAGGAUUGAAGCUGCAAGUUCCACAACUGGACCUGAUCUCCAUGCACUAAAGCGGGAACCCUCCCGAGUACUGAAUAAGGAUCCUUCCACCUGGUCAAUAGAUGAAGUAAUGCGGUUUGUGAAAGAAGCUGAUCCUCAGGCAUUAGCCCCACAUGCAGAACUCUUCAGGAGACAUGAAAUUGAUGGGAAAGCACUACUGUUACUGAGGAGUGAUAUGAUAAUGAAAUAUAUGGGACUGAAGUUGGGGCCGGCAUUAAAGCUAUGCUACCACAUUGACAGACUUAAACAAGGAAAGUACUAGCCAGUGGGAACACAAUAAUCUGUGUGUUCAUACCAUACUUACCUCUCAGGUUCACAGACAUGGUCUUUAUUUAAAAAGUAUUUUGUUGUUGCAAACAUUUGCGGUUUGCAGAAGUUUCCUCUCAAAAUGUGAUAAAAUAUUUACUAACAAGAAAAAAGGACUAUAUUACAUUUUAGGAACUGAUUUGGAAAGGUACACAGGAAAAGGCAGUUAGGACUGUGUUUUUGGGGUUUGUGGGGUUUUCUUUAAGUGAUACUUUCAUGGACACUAUACACAGAAAACUGAGAAAUGCAUUCUUUUUUACAGACUUCAACUGAUACAUUCACAUUCAAAACCAAAACAGCUGAAUCCCAAAGGAAAAACAGCAUCAGGUGUUGAUAAUUUUUACAGGGAUGGCUGUAAAAUUUUACAUUAUGAGAAAAUUUUAAAGAAGCAGCAGUAAACUUCAUCUCUUUUAGUGAAUACUCUGUGACUGGUUCUCCAGGAGAGUAAUGUUCAUUUAGAUUAUGCUAUACAGAUUUCCAUAAAGGGAAUAGACAUAUGAAUGGUUUCAUUUGUGUGUGCUUUUAAUACAAAUAUAAGCUUUUAUAAAGUGUGGUUAUCAGUUCUCUGGUAAAUUAGGAGGACAAAAAGUACAGUAUGUUGUCAGUUUAUACAGGCAACAUGUCUGUUUCAUGGAAAGGGCAUUUUCUCAGCCGUUUUGAACAGCUGAUUGUUCUGGGUUGAACAGACGUUUCUCUGGAACAGAACACCUACAUUUUAAACAUUCCAUUUUUCCUGAGCUUGGUGUGGAUAUAUUGAUGCUUGUGUGUGUGUGUGCGUGUGUGGUACAAACAUAUAUAUACUGUACAUAUGUAUUCAGUUUUUUAAAAGUAUUCAAAAGGUACUUUGCACUGCAGCAGAGGAAACAAGAAACUGUAUAGUUCAGUUUUUUACUGGUAAAUUUUGUUAUGUACUAUUUUCAUAUUCAUUAACAACUGUCUGUUUCGCUUUUCAUUCCUGUGGGGUAAGAAACAAUCAGUGAAUGGAUGGAUUCACACAGGAGGGUUCCUUGUACUAUGCAACACUCCCUUUCACACAUUGAUUAGCUCUGAGCCAUUUAUUCUGGUAUAGUAUCUGGAAAAAUACAUUUUAGUUCUCAUGUUCAUUCUUUUUUGGCUCUUUUUAACUUCCACAUUUUGUGCAAGUGGUACUACAUACCAGUAUACUUUUUUUUUGUAUAAACUUGGUGCUGUUUAUAUAAGCUACAGAAUGAGUGCUGAUAGUAAAACAAUUUGCUGUCACUGCCAAUCAAAUAAACAUCAGGGACAAGAAUGUACAUUUUCUGUGUAGGAAACUGAAUGUACUGUAUGUAAUAGUGCAAGUGAUAAAGAACUACUUACUAGGAAAGGUGUAGUCCUAAAAGGGUAGGUUUUAUUAUAUUUCUUAUUGCCUUUUUAUAUGAAAGCAUCUAGUAAAAAAAAAAAAGUAUUUUUUACAAAUUGCUUUUUGAAAAUGCCUUGCUUAUUGCUAGUUAAAUAUUCCUCAGGUUUUUGCAGAACUACUGCAAAAUCAUACCUUUUGUAGUUCACAAAUUGUCAAGUAUUUCGUUAAAUAACUACAACACACAUUUAAUAUAGCAGUUCAUCUGUUUUUUUCAGGAUUGUUUUAGUAUACUACCAUAAAGCAUUUGACAUUAAGGGUUUUGUAUUUUGAUUUAUUUUUGCAUAUUUUUGUGUGCAUGUAUAUUAAAUGAACAAUACACUUUAUAGCUAGUAGGAGGCAGAACAAUGAUUGGGAAAAUAUAGUAUAUUUUUUUCUUUGAGUUAUGAGAUGCCAACUCAAGUUAUUGCUUAUAUAUGAAAGAAAAUAUUGUACUCCAGAUAUGUUAGGUAUAUUGUGUAUAUCAGUGGUGCCCCGCCAUGCAGGCCAACAUUUUCCAGGCCUGCAGGCCAAAUGAGUGGCGUGGGGUCAAUCUGUUGGAUGGACCCUGUGUGGGGUUGGUUCAUGGGUCUGGAAAUGUGGAAGCAGUUAAUGUUGCCAUUGCUUUUCUGCUGUCAAAUUUCCAGACCCUUGGGGAGCCCUGCAAGCCUGAUGACUAAGCUCUGUGUACCAGAUUUGGCCCAUGGGCCAGGGGUUGAACACCCCUGUUUUAUAUGAUAUUUAAUCACUGUUGAGAAUUAUGUUGAAUGAAAAAGAAAAGUACCACUUUCUUAAAAUUGUAUUGAAAGUACUGUAUUCACUCAAAGCUAAGAUGAGGCUUUUCUCCUCAGUCACUGCCUGGGGGGGGACCUCUUGUCUUAGAUCUGAGUACCAGCCUGGGCCAGAUGACAGUUCAGCUCUGGCUUUGGCCCCAGACCUAGAGACAAAGCUGGAGCACUGCUGCCACCUGCCCAAGGCUGGGUGGGGGAGGCAGCACACAGCAGGGGUAGUGGGUAAGAAACCCAAGGGGUAGGGCUUGGGCAGAAGUGCCGGGGGUAGGGUGGCAGGCACAGGUGUAGGGGGGGUAAGUAGGGGCAGGCACUGGAGGGGAUGAAGUAACGGGGGGGCACAAGCACACAGAAGGCAAGGGAUAGGUG